CAAAAAAAAAAACACAAACACGUUUCCCCGCAAUGUGCGAAUUUUUACUGAUAAAAUUUCGAACUUUCGAAGAAAAUGUAAGUUUUUGAUGUAAAAUACUAAUUAACAAAGUUUUAAAUCCUGCAGUCAUCAUGUUCCGUCGACAAGCCAGACUGAGACGAGAAUAUCUGUACAAAAAGUCGCAAGAAAUCAAGGAUAAAGCCAUACAGAAUAAAAAAGACAGGUUGAAAAAGAGUUUGGAUGAAAACACUCGUAUUCCAACAGAAUUACAGAAGGAUGCACUCAACCUACAAAAAAGACUGAAAUGGCAAGAUCUUGGACCAGAACUGGCAGAAGAAGGAGGCGCAAGUAAAUCACACGAAGAUGACGAAUAUCGAUGGGCAGGUGUUGAAGAUCCCAAAGUUAUGAUUACCACUUCAAGAGAUCCUUCUUCCAAGUUGAAGCAGUUCGUGAAAGAAAUACGACUUAUUAUUCCAAAUUCGCAACGAAUGAAUCGUGGUAACUACGAAAUGAAACAGCUAGUGAAUGCUUGUCGAGCCAACGAUGUUACAGAUUUCAUAGUCGUUCACGAACAUCGAGGAGUUCCUGAUGGUCUAGUGAUAUCUCAUUUACCUUACGGGCCUACUGCGUAUUUUACUCUGUCUGACGUUGUAAUGAGACAUGAUAUCGAAAACAUCGGCACUAUGUCAGAGCAAUACCCUCACUUGAUAUUUCACAAUUUCAAAUCAACAUUGGGAGAACGUGUUAUGAAUAUUUUAAAAUACUUGUAUCCAGUUCCAAAAGAGGAUAGUAAACGAGUUAUUUCAUUCGCCAAUCACGACGAUUACAUUUCUUUCCGACAUCAUGUUUAUAAGAAGGUAGAUGGUAAAAACGUCGAAUUGACCGAAGUAGGCCCUCGUUUUCAAAUGAGAUUAUACGAAAUUAAACUAGGCACGAUUGAUAUUGCAGAUGCAUCCGAUACAGAAUGGGCACUUAGGCCUUACAUGAAUACCACGGUUAAGAGACGUUUUUUGUCUGAUGACGACGGAUGGGUCGUAGAAGAAGAAAAAUUAUAAUUUGUAUUUUGUAAAAUAAAGUUGUUUUGUACCUAA